AUGCCGGUCAUCAGACGGUGGACGAUGCUGGAAGUGAUCAGCAAACAGAAGUGCAAGCAGGAAGAUCUCACUUUGCCAUCAGGCGGUGAACUUUCUACUUGUAAAGGUGGGCCACCAAAUUUCGUGCGGUCAUCAGACGACGAGUUGGUGGAUACUGGUGAUGGUAAAGAUAAUUCAUCAGAGCAAUCCGAUUCACCAUGUGUCGUAAGAACCACUAUAGUGAAAACUGAUAUAAUUAAAGAAGUAAUUUAA